CAGGGCCUGCAGCUGGGGCCCGUGAGCCGCGGACCGGGCAUGGGCGGGCGGCUGUCGGCGGAGGGCGGCUGAGUGCGGCCAAGGGUCCGCGCGGUGACCUCCUUCGCCGUGCGCUCCCUUUCAGUGAGCCUGUUCGCCACGGGGACCAAGCCCGCUGGCUGCAGAGACCCGGCCCCGCGGCGGCGGUGGAAAGCUCUAGCUGUCCCGCUCUACGCGGGACUGAGCUGUCGGCGCUGUCCUGGCGCGAUGCGCUGAGCGCGCAGAGGACUGAGCGCCCGGCUCCCCCGCUGCACCCAGAGCCGACCCCAUGGAACCAGCAGGCACCAGGCGGAGCCUGCUGGCGCCGCCGCCUGGGCUUCUGCUGCUGCUGCUCCUGCAGGUGGCGGGGCCCGCGGGCACCCUGGCAGAGACCCUCCUAGACUCUCCGAAGGCCAGGGGCACCAGUUCCAGCCCGCCUAGCCCGGCGAGCGUGGUGGCUCCGGGAACCACGCCAUUUGAGGAAAGUCGUCUGCCGGUGUUCACUCUGGAUUACCCCCACGUGCAAAUCCCCUUCGAGAUCACCCUGUGGAUCCUGCUGGCCUCCCUGGCCAAGAUCGGCUUCCAUCUCUAUCACAAGUUGCCCACCAUCGUGCCCGAGAGCUGCCUUCUCAUAAUGGUGGGACUUCUACUUGGUGGCAUUAUCUUUGGUGUGGAUGAGAAGUCGCCCCCUGCCAUGAAGACCGAUGUGUUCUUCUUGUACCUCCUGCCGCCCAUCGUGCUGGACGCCGGCUAUUUCAUGCCCACUCGCCCCUUCUUUGAGAACAUAGGCACGAUUUUCUGGUAUGCCGUGGUAGGAACGCUGUGGAAUUCCAUCGGCAUCGGGGUGUCUCUGUUUGGCAUUUGCCAGAUCGAAGCCUUUGGCCUCAGUGACAUCACUCUGCUCCAGAACCUGCUCUUUGGCAGUUUGAUCUCAGCCGUGGACCCCGUGGCCGUGCUCGCCGUCUUUGAGAACAUCCACGUCAACGAGCAGCUCUACAUCCUGGUCUUUGGGGAGUCCCUGCUGAACGAUGCUGUCACAGUGGUCCUCUACAACUUGUUCAAAUCCUUUUGCCAGAUGAAAACCAUUGAGACCAUCGACGUGUUUGCAGGAAUUGCCAACUUCUUUGUGGUGGGAAUUGGCGGAGUGCUGAUUGGCAUCUUCCUGGGAUUUAUAGCAGCAUUUACUACUCGUUUCACACACAAUAUCCGUGUGAUUGAGCCACUCUUUGUCUUCCUGUACAGCUAUUUGUCCUACAUAACAGCUGAAAUGUUUCAUCUCUCAGGCAUCAUGGCAAUCACAGCGUGUGCCAUGACGAUGAAUAAGUACGUGGAAGAAAAUGUGUCUCAAAAGUCCUACACGACCAUCAAGUACUUCAUGAAGAUGCUGAGCAGCGUCAGCGAGACCUUGAUCUUCAUCUUCAUGGGCGUGUCCACGGUGGGGAAGAACCAUGAGUGGAACUGGGCCUUUGUCUGCUUCACCCUGGCCUUCUGUCUGAUCUGGCGAGCGCUGGGUGUCUUUGUCCUCACUCAGGUCAUUAACUGGUUCCGGACCAUUCCCCUGACCUUCAAGGAUCAGUUCAUCAUCGCCUACGGAGGGCUCCGAGGCGCCAUCUGCUUCGCCCUGGUGUUUCUCCUCCCGGCCGCCGUGUUCCCCCGGAAGAAGCUGUUCAUCACAGCUGCCAUCGUGGUCAUAUUCUUCACCGUCUUCAUCCUGGGGAUAACCAUCCGGCCACUGGUGGAGUUUCUUGAUGUUAAGAGAUCUAAUAAGAAGCAGCAAGCUGUCAGUGAAGAGAUCCACUGCCGGUUUUUUGAUCAUGUGAAGACUGGCAUUGAAGACGUUUGUGGACAUUGGGGUCACAACUUUUGGAGAGACAAGUUUAAGAAAUUUGAUGACAAAUACCUUCGGAAGCUUUUGAUUCGGGAAAACCAACCCAAGUCAAGCAUUGUGUCCUUAUAUAAAAAGCUGGAAAUAAAACAUGCUAUUGAGAUGGCUGAGACUGGAAUGAUAAGUACUGUCCCCUCUUUUGCAUCUCUAAAUGAUUUCCGUGAAGAAAAAAUAAGGAAGCUCACGCCUGGUGAAAUGGAUGAAAUUCGAGAAAUAUUAUCCAGGAAUCUGUAUCAAAUCCGUCAGAGAACUUUGUCGUACAACAGACACAAUUUGACAGCAGACACCAGCGAGAGACAAGCCAAAGAGAUUCUGAUCCGCCGCAGGCACAGUUUGCGAGAAAGCAUCAGGAAAGACAACAGCUUGAAUCGAGAGCGCAGGGCUUCCACUUCAACAUCCAGAUAUUUAUCCUUACCCAAAAAUACAAAGCUUCCAGAAAAGCUACAAAAGAAAAAGAAUAUUUCUAAUGCAGAAGAGGAAAAUCUAAGGAUUGCUGGUGAUAAUGGAGGGCGAGAUGGCAACAGCAGCGACUCAGACGUCGACUCCGGGACCACCGCGCUGAAUUUGCAGCCCCGAUCCAGGCGCUUCUUGCCGGAACAGUUCUCCAAGAAAGCCUCCCAGGCCUAUAAGAUGGAAUGGAAGAACGAGGUGGACGGAGAUUCUGGCCGAGGGCAGCCCGGCCCGUCCCCAGCACCCCGCAGCAAAGAGGGGGGCACCCAGACGCCAGGCGUACUGCGCCAGCCGCUCCUCUCCAAGGACGGCUUCGGCCGCGGCAGGGAAGACAGUUUGACUGAAGACGUGCCYCCCAGGCCUCCUCCGAGGCUGGUGCGCAGGGCCUCCGAACCUGGAAACCAGAAAGCCCGAUUCGGGAGUGAAAAGCCCUAAGGGAAAUGGCCCGGGCGGAAUCCCUUUAAAAUCCUCCAUCUGAAAGCUGUCUCUGGAUGGUAGAGUCAGGAGUGAUUGAUGGGAAGAAUGUUUAUCCCAAGAAGGGGGACAUCAAAGAAAGUUGAGUCCCACAAAGAUCUCUUCUGUGACUUGCGGCUUGCAAAUUGUACUCGAUGCAAGACCGAAGAGGGGGGGAAAAAAAGUGUGCCUUUAAAAAUCGAACUUGAACAACAGAACUUGAAAAUUUUAACACACCCUUGUUGGUGGAAAUUUUAAUAUAUUACAUGUAUGCCUCAAAUUUUAUUUAUGAAAAAAAAWAUAUAUAUAUAUGUCCGUAGUGGGUCAGUUUUUAAGUGAAUGGCACUAAAAGUUCCUAGAGCAUCUUUCUGAGGGUUAGUGGUCAGUUUCUAAAGGGUGAAUCCUAAGCUCAGGUAGAGGCCUCUCCCUGUGCUGAGAGCGAAGCUGUUGGACCUGUUCYUAAAGGAGGAGCAAAGCCCCAAACCGAGGCAUCUCAUGACUAAUGAAUUGGGAACACAAUCAGGUGGGAGUGACCUGGCUCCCAGCAUGUGGUCUAGACACCCCACACUCUUGUGAAACAAUCAGAGUUACUGUUCUUAAUUGUUCAUCUGUGUACCAUGUGUUUGGGGGUGGCAUAUAAGUUCCAUCUCCCCUUCUUUUUUGAUAUUUUUGAUGGUGCAAAGAGAAAUCCUGCCAGGGACAAAAUCAGCCUGUGGUAUUGGAUGGAUUUGGUGGCAGCUGUUUAGAAGCCCCACCCUGUGGCCAAUGGUAAGGAGACAGGGUAGCACCUGCUUAUCAUUAGGUGGUGAGUUUUACAUUGUGCCAUACUGGGAGGAGGAUGAAGGUGAUUCCUUUCACAUCCAUCUAUGGCCACCUGCUUUAAUAGAAUUUUUCUAUAGAACAUUCUAGAAUUUGGAGCCCAGGUCAAGGAGACAAAGAUGAAUGUUAUUAAAAACAGUAUUCUAAUAGAAUGGUAAGAUUCCAGGCUUUGACUUUUGUUCAGGAAGCACUUUGGAGAAUCCUAUUUUUUUUCCUUUUUUGCACUAAUCUAUAAUUUACCUCUUCACUUUCAGUAAUGCAAUGACUCAAAUUCUUCAUAUACAAUUGGAUUCUACUCGUUGGAGUACUUUUUAGAAGUAGGGCAGAAGGAAGUGGAAUGUAAUCAUUAAGGAAUAUUUAAAUCUCUGUCUCUUAAAACUGCAGAUUUUAUUGAAUUGUCACUUUUUUUUCCCCUGAAUAAUCCCUCUUUAAAAUUUACCUGCGACAAGACUCUACAUUUCUGGGCUUAGAUAUUAAAUGAAGCCAUUCAUAUACUUUCUUGGUUUCAUAUUAGAAACUUUCCACACCCAGCAAAGGGUACAAGUGGCCAAAGUAUGACAGGGGGAGGAACAUGACUAAAUUAAACAGAAAGAGACAGUCCUCAGCAGCCCUUCUGCAGCCCCCUAUCAACAUGGAGAAAACUUCUUUCCUUGUUUCUUAUGUUCUAAAAUCUGGGAAUACUGCAGGUGGCUUACAUGAGACAGGGAGGAGGGUACAGAAGGGUCAAGUUUGUAAGAGCACAAGUCUUUCCCAGCUAACCUAGGCUGGUCAGUGGAAAGCAACGGACAAGGCAAUCGGAAAGCCWCAAGCCUAGGACUCUGUGCCAAAAAUCUGAAUUUUAAAUGAAAAUAUUAAUAUCAAAUAUACAUUCCUUCUACUGAAAAGAAAUUUGAAAGGAUGCAGAAUUUUUAUUAUAGAAAGGUAAUUCAUCAAGAGAUGUGAUGUGUAUUUUUGAGAAUGCCAAGGGUGAAUUUUCAGAAUACUUAAUUUUUGAAAUCUGCAAAAGAAGGUAGAAAUUUAAAAU